AUGUCACCGUGCCGUAGGGUCGCUAUCUUCACGCUUUUGCCUCUCAUAUGGAUUGCUUCGAGCGCCGAACAGUCUCCCCUUCUCUUGACGCCGCUGAUUUCUCGGAACGAAUUGCUGCGAGCGAGGAAUCUCAGUCUCGUCGGAAGUCUCGAUGGCUGUGACAAUCCUGAAACUUAUUCUGGAUAUUUGACUGUGAACGAAACAACGAACGCGAACUUGUUCUUCUGGUUCAUCCCGGCGAUGAAUACCUCACCGACGGCCCCGGUGGUCCUGUGGCUGCAGGGCAGUCCAGGGUCUUCGUCUUUGUUCGGCCUUUUCGUCGAGCAUGGCCCUUAUGAGGUAACGAAGAACUUGUCGCUUCAACCGCGCGCCUCCACAUGGGCGAAAUCAUUCAACAUGUUAUACAUCGACAAUCCUGUGGGCGCCGGAUUUUCGUACGUUUCGCCCGACGGGCAUGCUAGAAACUUCUCUGACGUUGGAAGAGAUCUCUUCAUUGGACUUCAGCAGUUCUUCACGCUUUUCGAUGAAUAUGGAGAGAACGACUUUUACGUCGCCGGGGAAUCAUUCGCAGGAAAAUUCGUACCUGCACUCGCUCAUGAAAUUCUCCGGAACAACCUCACCGCCAAGAUGAACCUCCAAGGGAUCAUCAUCGGUAGCAGUCUGUGUGAUCCCCCAACCAUGAUGAGCUACGCGGACUUUCUACUCAAUCUCGGACUGAUAAGCGAAAUUCAAGCCAAGUAUUUCAAGCGACAGGAGCGAAUCGUUCUCGAAUCCUUGAAAGAGAACGACUAUGUCAAAGCCUUCGAAGUUUUCAGCGAGCUCAUCAAUGGCAACAGAGUCAACAGAACGAAGUCCUACUUUCAGAGGAAGAGUGGAUUCUCGUUGAAGUUCAACGCUCUCCAGGCGAAGGAACCGGAGGCCUACAAUUACUUCAAGGGCUUCCUCAAACUGAACGGAACCCGGCAAGCGCUCCAUGUGGGUAAUGCAAGCUUCAAUGACGGACUCACGGUACGACAGAGCCUGAAGGGCGAAAUGAUGAAAUCCGUGAAACCAUGGAUCGAGGAGGCCUUGGAAAGGCGUCUCAAGGUUCUCAUAUACAGUGGACAGUUCGAUAUCAUUGUCCCAUAUCCGUUGUCGAGGUCCUUCGUGAACUCGAUAGGAUGGGGUGGGGCGCAGGCAUUUUCAGAAGCCAGACGACUCAUAUGGCGAAAUGAGACGACGGGUGAGCCAGUAGGGUAUGUGAGGCAGUUCGGUGUCUUGACAGAAGUUCUCGUGCGGAACGCCGGCCACUUCGUGCCCUUUGAUGCUCCCCGUCAAGCCUACGACAUGAUGGACCGCUUCAUAAAUAAUAAAGCCUUCGGUCGAUCUUCGAGAAUGAUCCGCACAAGUCCUACGAGGGCGAAACAAUGA